GGGAGCGCGGGGCGGCGCGGGGAAGGAAGUGGCGGCUCCCGGUGCUGCCGGUGCGCGGGGCUCGGCUCGGCUGGGCUGGGCUGGCGGAUAAAUCCGCUCGGCCGCCGCGCCACGGCAGGGCAGGGGCAGUGCCGGCGGGGGGCUCUUCGCCUUUCCCGUUCUCUCCUCCCCCUCAGCUGCGGCGGCCCUCACGCCUCGCCUCCCCCCCGCCUCCGCCGUCCCCGCGCCGCGGCAGCGCCGGCGGGCGAGGAGCUGCCCGCGCCCGGCCCGCCCGCGCCGGGGAUUAUGCCAGCGGCGCGCGGGCAUGCCGGCAGGCAGCGACCCGUAGGCAACGGCAGCCGCCGAGCCGCGGCGGCAUCGGCAGCAGCAGCAGCGGGAGCCGCGGCCGCCGCGCCGGGAGCAGCCGGAUGUUGACACAUGUGGACCAACAGUGACAUCCUUUUCCAACAAUGCUGUCUUUGCUCCCUCCUGCAUUCAGAAGCAUCUAGAGAGAUUUUUUGCAGAAGGGAUCCUCGAUGCAUUUCCUUGCCAUUAUUUAAGGAGCCUUUACUAAAAGCUUUUGGAUUGUGUUUCUGAGCGGACAAGAGAUUUUUGUAUCCAAAAUGCUCAUAAAGGAAUAUCGCAUUCCCCUUCCGAUGAGCGUGGAAGAAUAUCGCAUUGCCCAGCUCUACAUGAUCCAGAAGAAGAGCAGAGAGGAGACAUGUGGGGAGGGCAGUGGAGUGGAGAUCCUGGAGAACAGGCCCUACGUGGAUGGCCCUGGGGGCAGUGGGCAGUACACUCACAAGGUUUACCACAUCGGCAUGCACAUCCCCAGCUGGUUCCGCUCCAUACUGCCCAAGGCCGCCCUGCGCGUCGAGGAGGAGUCCUGGAACGCUUAUCCUUACACAAGGACAAGGUACACGUGUCCUUUUGUGGAGAAGUUCUCUAUUGAUAUUGAGACGUACUACAAAACUGACCCAGGAGACCAUAACAACGUGUUCAACCUUUCUGCUGCAGAAAAAAGACAAACCAUUUUAGAUCCUAUUGAUAUUGUUAAAGAUCCUAUCCCUCCCCAUGAGUACAAAGCUGAGGAGGAUCCAAAGCUGUAUAAAUCAGUGAAGACUAGAAGAGGACCUCUCUCAGAAGAUUGGAUUCAAGAGUACAAGAACAACCCUGGGAAAUACCCCAUCAUGUGUGCAUACAAACUGUGUAAAGUGGAGUUCAGAUACUGGGGGAUGCAGUCGAAAAUCGAGCGCUUUAUCCACGAUGUUGGCCUGCGGAAGGUCAUGGUGCGGGCGCACCGGCAGGCCUGGUGCUGGCAGGACGAGUGGUACGGGCUCACCAUUGAGGACAUCCGGCAGCUGGAGAAGGAGGCCCAGCUGAUGCUGGCCCAGAAGAUGGCCCAGUUCUGCGGCGAGAACGACCCAGAGCAGCACAGUGUCAAGGACACUCCUGGAGAGAAGGACGUGGAGCCCAGCACGGGGUCCCCUGCAGACACCGAGGACGCCUCUGCGAGCAGCGACGUGGCCUCCGGCAGGUCGCUCACCAAGCAAUGGUCCACCUCCUCCAAGUCCUCACGGUCGUCAAAGAGAGGAGCAAGUCCCUCACGCCAUAGUAUCUCCGAGUGGAGGAUGCAGAGCAUUGCCAGGGAUUCAGAUGACAGCUCAGAUGAUGAAUUCUUUGAUGCACAUGAGGACUUGUCUGACAAUGAGGAAAUGUUCCCGAAAGAAAUAACCAAGUGGAGUUCCAACGAUCUGAUGGAUAAAAUUGAAACCCCCGAAUGCGAUGAUGUCCAGGGUGACUUGUUCCAGGAGACAUCAGCAGAGUACCACGUUGGCUCCAGCGUGGAGAGGCUCAGCAUCAUCGAGGACGAAUCAGUGCAGCCAUUAAUGCAGCCAAGUAAAAUCCAUGUCCUCCUGUUGGUCCUGCACGGAGGGAACAUCCUGGACUCAGGAAGUGGCGACCAGAGCUCCAAGCAAGGGGAUGUCAACACCAUCACGACCGUGUUUGACACGGUGAUGAGGGUGCAUUACCCUGCUGCUCUGGGACACAUCGCCAUCAAACUUGUCCCUUGCCCUGCCAUCUGCUCCGAAGCAUUUUCCCUGGUGUCCAGCCUCAGCCCAUACAGCUAUGACGAGGGCUGCCUGUCCAACAGCCAGGAUCACAUUCCCCUCGCUGCGCUGCCCCUGCUCGCCACGUCCUCCCCGCAGUACCAAGAAGCCGUGGCCACUGUCAUUGUCAGAGCCAACCAGGCCUACAGUGAGUUCAUCAAAUCCCAGGAGGGCACCUCCUUCAACGGCCAGGUCUGCUUGGUAGGGGACUGUGUUGGAGGGAUCCUGGGGUUUGAUGCCUUAUGCUACAGCAAUCAGACCGUGUCCGAGAGCCAGAACAGCAGCCGGCGAGGGAGCGUUGUGAGUGUCCAGGACACCGACCUUCUGUCUCCUGGAAUAACGGUGAACAACAGCCACUGUUCCAGUGGCUCUAACCUGGAAGCCAGCAGACACCUCAGCAGGAGCAACAUCGACAUUCCUCGUAGCAAUGGAGAGGAUCCAAAGAAGCAGCUGCCACGAAAAAGGAGUGAUUCAUCCACCUAUGAACUGGACACGAUAAAACAGCAUCAAGCCUUUCUUUCAAGUUUACAUUCUAGUGUCCUGAGAAACGACCCCACAUCCAGGAGAUCCAGCAGCUCCACGAUGUUGGAUGGAGUCAAUAUUGGGAAGUUCGAUUUUGAGAUCACCGACUUCUUCCUCUUUGGUUCUCCCUUGGGCCUGGUGCUUGCACUGCGGAAAACUGUAAUUCCAGCUCUCGACAUCUUUCAGCUCAGACCAGCUUGUCAGCAGGUCUACAACCUGUUCCACCCUGCAGACCCGUCUGCUUCACGCCUCGAGCCUCUUUUGGAGAGGAAGUUUUACCUUUUGCCCCCCUUCAAUAUUCCCCGGUACCAGAGGUUCCCGCUGGGCGACGGCAACUCUGCAGUGCUGGUUGAGACAAUCCAGAACAACCCCAUCCUCCUCAUGGAAAGUAGCCCUCUGGGUGCUCUCCAGCACCAGGACAGCUUCAUGGAAACAAGUAUCCCCGUUCCUGUACUGAAUUGGCAAGAUGUUUCCAAUAAAAGUGCUGGUUGUGCUGAGUCAGAUGUUGUUCAGUCUCAUGGUGCCGUCUUCAUGGAAAACGCGUCCCUGUCCACCCCCAUUUCAGCCCCUCAGUUCAGGGGCUUCCGGAGGGCCAGUGAGAUCAGCAUUGCCAGCCAGGUCUCAGGAAUGGCAGACAGUUACACUGCUUCCAACAUAGCCAACAAAACCAAACACCACCUUAAUCAUUGUAGGGGGUUUAGCCUUCUGUCCCAACUUGCCCUCCCUCACAAAUCCCCUACCCAAACCUCAUUCAGGAGGCGUAGGCAGCACAAACACAAAAUCCCAGCCAAGGGAAGGAAGCUCAAAGGGCCACGGAGCCGGGCUGCAGGCUGUGCUCUUCGGAUACCAGACCUGGACAUCAAGACAGUUGCUGCCAAGUGGUGGGGAACCAAACGCAUCGACUACGCCCUGUACUGCCCCGAUGCCCUCACAGCCUUCCCGACCGUGGCUCUGCCUCACCUCUUCCACGCCAGCUACUGGGAGUCCACGGACGUUGUCUCCUUCCUGCUCAGACAGGUGAUGAGACACGAGAACUCGAGUGUUUUGGAGCUGGAUGGGAAGGAGGUGUCCGUCUUCACCCCCUCCAAGCCCCGUGAGAAGUGGCUCCGCAAGAGGACGAACGUGAAGCUCCGGAAUGUCACAGCCAACCACAGGAUCAACGACACCAUUGCUAACGAGGAUGGGCCCCAGACCUUAACUGGGAGGUUCAUGUAUGGUCCAUUAGACAUGGUCACCCUCACAGGAGAGAAGGUGGACAUCCACAUCAUGACCCAGCCGCCGUCGGGGGAGUGGGUGUACUUUGACACGGAGAUCAGCAACAGCAGCGGCAGGAUCUCCUACGUGAUCCCCGAGGAGCGGCGCCUGGGCAUCGGCGUCUACCCCGUCAAGAUGGUGGUCAGGGGCGACCACACCUUCGCUGACAGCUACAUCACUGUGCUGCCGAAGGGGACGGAGUUUGUGGUGUUCAGCAUCGACGGCUCCUUCGCAGCCAGCGUGUCCAUCAUGGGCAGCGACCCCAAGGUCCGCGCCGGGGCCGUGGACGUUGUAAGGCACUGGCAAGACCUCGGCUACCUCAUCAUCUAUGUCACGGGCCGCCCUGACAUGCAGAAGCAGAGGGUGGUGGCGUGGUUAGCACAGCACAACUUCCCCCACGGGAUCGUGUCCUUCUGCGACGGGCUGGUCCACGACCCGCUGCGGCACAAGGCCAACUUCCUGAAAUCCCUCAUCACCGACCUGCACAUGAGGAUCCACGCGGCCUACGGCUCCACCAAGGACAUCUCCGUGUACAGCUCCAUCAGCCUCCCGCCCACGCACAUCUACAUCGUUGGCCGGCCCACCAAGAAGCUGCAGAGCCAGUGCCAGUUCAUCACGGAGGGCUACGCGGCGCACCUGGCGCAGCUGGAGUACACGCACCGCGCGCGCCCCGCCAAGAACACGGCGCGCAUGGCGCUGCGCAAGGGCAGCUUCGGGCUGCCCGGCCAGGCCGAGUUCCUGCGCAAGAGGAACCACCUGCUGCGCACCAUCUCCUCCCAGCCCCCGGCCAGCGGCGCCCCCCGCCCCGAGCGCACCCAGAGCCAGUCGGACGGUGACAAGGACAGGGACAGGGAGCGCAGCCAGAGGAGCAUGAGCAUCGCCACGGGCUGCUGGGGCCGCAGCGCCGCGUCCCGCCUGGAGUCUGGCCUCCUGGGGCAGAAGUAGCCAGGCCAGAGCCAGGAUCGUCAGCUGCAGCCACCGGAGGAGAAAACAAAGGGAAAAGAGGGACGAGGCCGGUGUUUCGGGCUGGAAGGGUAAAUAUGGUGCUACUCUAAUCACACGGUGUUCUGGGAAGAGCGGGAUGUUUCCCACGCAGAACGCGCAGGCCUUGCAGCGGGAGCGUCAGGUUUGUGCAGCGGGAGCCCGAGGAGCGGCUGGAAAUCGGGGGGAGUGUCCGGAUCGGGACAGCGCUCUCUGCUGCCUCCUCCUCUCACCCAGGGUCAGUGACUGUAAAUACGUGCGUGCCUCCUUGCCUCGGUAGCCAUCGCUCCCACACGGUGACCGAGCGCUGUCCCCAGAGCCACAGGAACAGGGCGUGAGGCUGGGGGAGCUCGUUCGGGGCUGUCCCGGGGGCUCUGGGGUUGGGUAACGCGCUGCUCCCCGGCCCCAGCCAGGGAUUUGUCGUGGGCUGUGCCAGGCAGAGCUACCAAGAGCUUUUCCUUGAGAGGAACAGAGAGCUCCACGUGCAGCCACUUUCUGGAGGAGCUGGUGCAAAGCUGAAGCUGCACCGACGCCGCUGGUGGAGGCAGAGUGUCGGCAGGUUCGUGCCCAGGACAGCGGGGUCAUUGCUGUUAUUACUGUUAUUUUUUAAAGAGACCUUUUAGAAGCCGAUGGAAUUUAAUGUGUUGACCUAUUAAAAGAGGAAUACAAGCUA